UAGACAGUGGUAUUGAUAUUGAAAGAGUAAAGUUUACAUGCGGUCAGUUGUGAGGAAAAAUCGCUCGGUGUUCUUUAGUCUCGUCUUAUGGAAUAUUCAGUUGAUAGACAAUUAUUCCAGAAAUGAAGUCAACCAAAAAUCAGCUGCUCGUAUCAGUAGAAGAAUCUCGCCGGUUUAUGAUUGAUUGCUUCAGUGCUGCGAAAAUACCACGAUCCCAUGCAGAACAAAUGGCUGAUCUGCUGGUCGCAGCAGACUAUCGUGGUCAUUACAGUCACGGCAUGAAUCGCCUGGAAAUGUACAUUAACGAAUUGGACGAUGGCACAGCAAACGGUUCGGCUACUCCGACAAUUCUGAAACAAACGCCUGCCACUGCAUGGGUUGAUGGAGAAAAUGGACUCGGUGCUGUAGUGGGAAAUUUUUGCAUGGAUUUGGCUAUAAAAAAAGCUAAGAAUAUUGGUGUUGGUUGGGUGUGUGCGAAACGAUCAAAUCAUUACGGAAUAGCUGGCUGGUAUUCUUUGCGUGCGAUGAAUAAAGGCCUUAUGGGAAUUUCAAUGACCAAUACAUCUCCAUUAAUGACACCCACACGGAGCAAACAGGCUGCCCUCGGAACAAAUCCAAUUAGUUUUGCUGCACCAGCCAAUAAUGGGGACAGUUUCGUGUUGGAUAUGGCAACCACUGCAGUAGCUGGAGGAAAAAUUGAAAUAAAAAUGAGGAAGAACGAACCGUGUCCGAUUGGAUGGGCACAAGAUGUGGAAGGUAAUCCCACGACAGAUCCUCAUGUCGCCUUCGAUGCGGGCUGCUUGAUGCCGCUAGGAGGUGCUGAGAAUACUUCUGGUUAUAAAGGCUACGGACUGGGUGUUAUGGUGGACAUUAUGUGUGGCAUAUCAUCCGGUUCAAACUACUCAACGAAAGUUCGGAAGUGGGCACAUUCAGGCAAUACUACCGAAGCGAAUCUAGGUCAUGUUUUCAUUGCCAUCGAUCCUGAUUGCUUUGCACCAGGUUUCACUGAUCGAAUGACUGAAAUGAUUGACAUUUGUAGGAGUAUGCCUAGGAUUGAUCCGGAAUUGCCGGUUUUGAUUGCCGGUGAUCCAGAACGCAUUCAUAUGGAAAAUGUUGAUAAAGAAGGCGGCUUACGUUACACGGAAAAUCAAUUGCAAACAUGCGAAAAAUUGGUCAAAAGGUUAAGUGUAAAACCAUUGAGCUUUGUUUAAAAGGAUUUCUGCUUCCAAUCAAGAUACCAAAUUUAAUACAAAUUUUUAAGAUUUUUUUUUACACCUUCAAUUGAGGGAGACUUAGGAAGUAAAAAAGGAGGACUUGAUAUCUGGGUGAGAAAUAAGACAACAUCAAUCAUUGACUUACCGCACGACGGAGUAAAGGUAUUUUACUAUGCCGUGCUUGCCGACACUUUGUCGCAUCUCUCCUCUUCACUUCCUUCACCGAAACAUAAAAUCU